CAUAAAGAAUGUGUUAUGCUCCCAAAUUAGACAUCGAAAUUGAUCUUUCCAAACUUAACUAUGAUGCGUCCAUAUGAUAUCCAUCACCACACUGUUUUAACACAGGAUAAAUAUAUUUAUUAUAUAAUAUUAAUUAUAAUAAAACAUCAUAAUUAUAAUUUCCAAUUCGCGCCCUCUCUUUAAUCUGAACCACUGCUGCCGUCGACGUUACCCAUAGCAGACACCGGGAAAGCAAAGCUUGGUCACCGAACAACCAUAGUUACUACGCGUGCAGAUUAAUCAUCUCAAACUUCGGCAAGUGGAUUAAAUCUCAAAUCAAGUCUCUUCCAUCGCUCUGACAUUUUGUCAAUUGGCGAAGAAUUGCGGGCUUAGGCUUUUUUUUCUUUUCUAUUCAGCAAUGGACUCUACUGGGAAUUCAUUCAAUCCUAACAAGCUUUUGAAAGAACAAUUUGUGAGCAACUUAACAGGAUCUUCCAUGCUUGAAAUAUGUGCGCUUUUGACUGUAUUACCUGUUCUGAUACUUCUGGGACAAUCGUUCAGCUUCAACUGCAGAAUUGAUCCUACUACCACUGAGACCUCGUUGAAGAAAAAUGAUAAUGCAGUUGUUGGUUUAAAGAAUUGGAGGCUUUAUGCUGCGACAAUCACUGUGGAUUUUCUCUCCCUUUUGCUUCCUUUCCUUUUAUGUAUCACUGUUCUGGCAGAAUGGAUUUAUGCAUGUGCAAUUUUGUUGAUGUUGCUGCUUGGUUUCUUUAUUGCAUCUAGAAGAUAUGGAUAUUCUUCUAAUGCGGAUGAUGGGGUCUGCUCUCUUAGGACAAUUAUUUCAUCGUACAGGGUUGCUGUAGUAUGCAUCCACGUUACAGAUUCAAAGUCCAUUUUGAUGACUAUCACAUGCUUGUGUAUAUUGGCUGUUGACUUCAAAAUAUUUCCUAGAAGAUAUGCUAAAACUGAGACUUAUGGUACAAGUUUGAUGGAUAUUGGGGUAGGCUUGUUUGUAUUGGCAAAUUCAUUAGUUUCACGACAAGCACGAGGCAUCUCAACAAUGAAAUUGAAAAGUGCACUUCUAUCUACUAGUCCGUUAAUUUUUCUUGGGUUUGCACGGUUGGUUACCACGACAAGUGUGGACUAUCAGGUUCAUGUGGGGGAAUACGGAGUGCAUUGGAAUUUCUUUUUUACACUUGCUGCUGUAUCAAUCCUUACAACAAUAAUUAACAUUCAGACACAAUAUUGUGGGAUUCUAGGUUCAUUGAUUCUAGUAGGGUACCAAGUUUGCUUGAUGCUUGGCUUAAAUAAGUAUAUGCUUUCUAAUGAAAGGGGAACAGACAUUAUUAGCCUAAACAAGGAGGGAAUUUUUAGCAUAUUUGGAUACUGGGGUAUGUAUCUUGUUGGUGUUCAUUUGGGCAGCUAUCUUUUCUUUGGAAGCCAUUCAAAUGCUAUGUUGAGAUCCUACAAAUGGGCAAUGAUUAGAGUGUGGAUUCUUACUCUUUCAUUUUGGUUAUUGACUAUGUUUCUGGACAAGUAUGUUGAAAGAGUUUCCCGUAGAAUGUGCAACCUGGCUUUUGUUACUCUUGUAUUGGCUCUAAACCUUCAGAUAUUAGCUAUACUAAUGCUUUCUGCCUACAUUGGUGGACCAAAAAUUUCCACGCUGGAAGAAGCUUUUAACAAGAAUUUACUAGGAUCGUUUUUGCUGGCAAACAUGCUCACAGGAAUGGUAAACUUGUGUUUUGAUACCCUGUCUGCAUCCCCCAUCUCAUCCCUUGCUAUCUUGCUUGGCUAUGCAUUUACUUUAUCUGCUAUUGUUGGAUUAGCAGAUUUUUACCGCAUUAAGUUAAAAUUUUGGUAGAAUGGGCCUAUAGUCUAUUGUAUUAAAAUUAAUGUUGAAGUACAAUUUGUUGAUGCAAUCCAAUGAUUUUGUUACAAUAAUUGUUCAUGGAUCAGAAGUGUCCUUGUCAAAUAUGCUGUUGAAGGCAAUAUCUUUUCUUUUUGUUGAA